UCGCUAGUGCUAUUACCGACGGCAGCGCGUGUGUGGUGCGUCCUACUCACUAACUGUAUUGAAAUUGUUUAUAUUAUCAAUAUUUCAUAUUAUAGUAUUAGAAUUUGUAAUACACCUGCUUUUGUGAGUUUUGUUGAGAACAAUAUUCCGUUGUACGAAUGUAUCCGAUUUUUUGUCUGAAAAACAGAUCAGUCACCAUUAUCGCGUAGUGUUUUUAAAUAAUAUAUAAAAAAAAUCGAUCGUUAGUUUAAAUCGCGGUAAGUCCACAACGAAAUGGACGAUUUCGUGGUAUACUAUAAUAUUAUAGUCUGUAAUUAUGUUUAUCGUCAACGGAUGACGAUAUCUUACUCGACUUGUAUCCUGAAAACUAAUCGAAGUAAUAUGUUUAAUUCUUACAUCGGCAUUGGUCGCAGAUCUCCCUGUAAUCCGGAUUUAAAUGGUUAUCAAGAUGUGUUCAAAAUUCAACCAGAUCCGUGUUUAAUCAAUUUUAAAUACGUAUUGUUUUCAUUACUAUGCAUCAUAUUUUCAUUAUUUGCUCUCCUUUCGGUGAAGUUUCAAAAAAAAAUUUUGUUCGUUUUAUCACGUUAACUGUUUUUAAGAAAUAUUUACUGUGUAACGAAAUACCCAACAGCAAUGAUCUGAUGGGAUUCUGUUUGGAAUGAAGAUCGCAGUCUGAGUACUGUCGGUGUCAAUAAUAUUACUUCAUGCCCGUAGUUUUUGUUUUUGUUUGUUAAAUAAUUUGAUCGAGUCUAUAAUUUAUUAACUAUGGAUCCUCAACAAGUUAUAUCAAUGGAUGAAGAUUCAAUUAGUGUUCAUGGAUCUACUGCUGAUUCCAUUGAAGCAUUUGAUGAACUUCAAGUACUUGAUGAAAUCACAGAAGAAACCGACAAUAUCAUUGAAGGUGAUGAACAAUUAGAUGAAGAAUUUGAUACUAGAAGUGAAGCCAGUUCUAGUUCCAUUGAUGAGACUUCAACAAGAAAUAAAAUAAAAUCAGAAAGAUAUAUAAGAAUAGAUGAAGAUUCAUCAAUUAAAAAAAAACCAUCUGAAGAAUACUUAUCUAAACUAAAACUCUUGUUAAAAGAAGCUCGGUUUUUCAUUAUAAAAAGUAAUAAUUAUGAAAAUAUUGAAUUAGCUAAAAUUAAAAAUUGUUGGUCUACAAGACCGUGGAAUGAGACAAAGUUAAAUCAAGCUUUCAGAACAUGUAAAAAUGUAAUUUUGAUAUUUUCAGUUAAAGAAAGUGGUAAAUUUGCAGGAUUUGCUAGAAUUUCUGAAGCAGCUAGAUAUGAUUUGUCACCUGUUGGUUGGGUACUACUCGGAAGUCGUAAUUUAUCAGGUGUAUUUAAAGUUGACUGGAUCACUACAAAAGAGUUAGAAUUCAAUGAUACUUCUCAUUUAUUUAAUGCAUACAAUGAAGGGAAAACUGUCAAAAUUGCUCGUGAUGGCCAAGAAGUUGAUGCUAAGACUGGAUUACAAUUGUGCUCAAUGUUUCUUGAAGAUGAAUCAAUUGAUUUUCAGUACAUUUUAAAAAAAGCUAAAAAUCAUCAGCCCUCUAUUAGUACAGCUGAAUUACGACAACGACGUAGAGUGCUUGGUUUACCUGAUGAAGGACCAACAUCUAAAGAAUAUAUACAUGCUUACCGAUUUAGAUUACCACAUAAACAACUACCAAGGAUGUUAUCACAUCCAUAUUAUGUACGUCCACCUUUGUAUCCCUCAUACCAAUAUAAUUUAGGUGGAUCACCAAUGGUACAACGUUAUUAUGAUGAUGUACCUUUGUCACCUUUCCGGCUUCCCGUACAUGUACCAGAUACAUAUGCGCGGCCAUUAGAAGAUUACUACAAAAGGGAUAGAUUAGUUAAUCUCAGAGAAUAUCACUCAAGUCAUAGACGUGAAAAAGAACGCCAUACUCAUAGACAUCGUUAUCAUUAAAAUUUUGAAAACAUAUUCAAAAGAUCCUCUUUAGAUUACUAAUAUUGAAAUAUUAGUAUUAAUAUUACUAGUCCUAAAAUUAAAUACAUUUUAUUGUUAUUAUUUUUGUAUGAUUGGAAAUUUUAUCCUACUAUAAUAUUAUGUUGUUUAUAUAAUUUAUUAUUAUUAAAAUGGUUAUUAAUAGUUUAAAGUUAUUAUUUUUUACAAACAUCAGUGAUUAUUAAAACAUACUUGCUUUUAGUAGUAUUCUUAUUGUUUUAUGAUUUUUAAUCACUAUCAUUUCUCUUUUGUAAUACUUGAUUUUGUUUUUACAUUUUUUGUUGCAAUUAUACCAUUUUAAAAUGCAUAAACAUUUAUAUUUGGUCACUGUGUUUUUAUAAGUAUUUUAUAUUGUAAAUAUAUUUUUCUCUUUUAAUGUAUAUUUUAACUUAAAUUUUAUUCUUGGCUUUUAUUUUGUAAAUGAC